CAUUAAGCAUCCUAAAAACUGUUAAGGUCCUCAGUCUAAACAAGGAAGCAUGAAACUUUCUGAGAAAGCUGUCCACAAAUUCGGAUUUUAUUCAAUUUAGCUGUUUUUCGUUGCGUAUUUUCUUAUUUAAAUUGAUUUCCUACUUAAUAGCAGAAUGUUUAUCUCUUCACAAAACUCACCGGUCGCCUUCAAAGGUUUCACCCUCGUCAUGCCUGCAGUAGCUGUGGGGAACGUGGGUCAGCUGGCUGUCGACCUCAUCAUUUCCACUCUCAACUUGAGUAGAGUGGGUUACUUACACACAGACUGUCUGAUUCCGAUGGCCGGGAACAACCCAUACAGCACCUGCAAAGAGGACGCUGAGGGGCUGCACUGUCCCGCAGAGGUUUUCACAGCAGCAGAACGGAAGUUGGCAGUUCUUCAAAUCAGAGUGCCGAUUAUUCAGAAAAAGUCUAAGAAGUUCCGUCAGAUGCUCGUUUCCUGGAUCACAUCCAGUGGCUUCUCAAGGACUGUGGUCCUCUCCAGCAGCCACGCCUACCAGAGAGAUGACCAGCAGCUGCAUGGGACUCCCUUGAGGUAUCUGGCAACCCCGUCCCUACUGAAGGUGAGUGUGGACACACUGAAGGAGCUUGGCUGGAGAGAGAUGGAGCGAGUGCCGGCAUUUCCUGGAGUGAAGGACGCUGAUGCAGAGCCAAGACUGUGCAUCCCAGGAGGAGGCAUCACCAAAGGGCUUUACUCCGACAGCUGUUUAGCUGAGGAGCUCCCACUCGCUGUGCUGCUGCUCUUCUGUUCAGAAGGUGACAACAUCCCAGACGCCUUUGCUUUGGUCAACCACCUCAACGACUGGCUCCAUCUGCUGGACACUCUGGGCUCCGAGUGCAAGUGGAAGAUCCCGACUUCCUGGAGUCUCCUGUUUGGAUCAGGCAUUCCUCCUGCUCUGUUCUGAUUUACUUUUCUUUCUUUGAUCCUAAAUAUAUUGACUCAGAUUUGCAAAAAUAUUUUGUUCUACUUGUAAGAUGUUCCACGUUCCUGAAUAAUUCUCUUUCUUCUGCUUAUUUGGAUGUGCCAACAUGACAGGAAUAGACUCUUAUACUGCACUUUGCUCUAUGACUUGGCUGUCUAGAAUUAUUUUUUCUUUAAUUGAGAGUGGUGGGAAUAGGCUUACACACACACACACACACACACACACACACACACACACACACACACACACACAUAAUUUAAGUACUGAUUAGUAUAUGUGGGUAAUUUUAAAAUUGAACCUACGUUUGCAAAAGGCUGGAGCUGGUAAACCAUUUUCCUUUUGUCUACUUUCAGUUAAAGACAGAUGAAAUGAAAUAAAGGGGUUAAAUCAAAGAAAACCAGUUUUCCAUCCUGUAAUAAAAAAGCACAUGGCCAGAGAUGAAAUGCCAGCCGAGCAGUGAGGGCACCGUGUUCUUGAAAGUGCGAGACAUUAGCUAAUCUGCUGGGGGAAUCGUAACAAGUGUAGCUUUCCUGGAAGUCAUGUUUUUAAGUAUGAGGGGGUGGCUGCAGCAGCUCUUUUUAUGCCAUUGUCGGUAAAAACUGAAUUAUGGGUGUCUCUACCUCCUCGACACCAGAGUAGUAGUGGGGAACUUAAACUGUGUCAUUUAGAAAAAAGAACUUCACUACUUUUAUGCCUCCUUGUGAUUGAAGAGAAUUGACUGUGUGCAGAUACUUACUGUGAUAUGCCAAUUUUUUUUUUUUAAAUAAAGAACAAAUGCUGACAUCUGA